UCCCUGGAAGUAGUCGGGUGUGAUAGUAGCAAGUCAGUUUGUGUCGACAAUUAGUCGUUAGAGGAGCAUUUGCCCUGCUCUCCUGCAUAGAACAUCGCAAAACGGCAGCACCUUUUUUUUCACGCAGAGAUAUCUAGUUUUUUUGCAAAAAUUUCUUUCUUCUUUUUGUGAUUUCUAACGUUCCUCAGAGAUAUCGGUUUUUAAGAAAAAUGAUUUGGACAGUUUAAGAAGAGAAGACAAAGUGAAAUUCGGAACAAGCAAUUGAGGAUUCUUUUUUUUUUUGGUAUAUUGUUGUUGUUGUUGCUGGAACUCGACCAAAGUGUUUUUGUUUGACUUGGAGGAGGUUUAUGGAAUUUCGGCAAAAGUAAAAGGCAAAGCAGAUAAACAAGAAGAGCAAGAAAUCAAGCCGCUUCACAGUGUUCAAGAGUGAAAUUUUCAAGUGAAACUCUGGGAUAUAAGAUCAAUUCGUUCCAUGCACAAUGUCCAUCUCGGCAGCAUCAUCGUGCAGUGAAAUAAGUCUGGAGGACCUACAGACACGAGAUCCAGAUUUUUCCGCGGAUUAUGCGGAAUCUGUGAAAGAAGAACGUCUGUCGAGUGUAUCUCCAAUGCUUACCCCACCACAUACACCUACAGAGGAGGUCCCACCGCCCCCAGCCCCUGCCCCAGCCCCCAUGACCCGAGACCGACCCGAUUACGACUGUCAGCGAGGAUUUCAGCCAAAGGUCACACAGCCGCCGUAUCAGCUUCCAUCUACUCAUCACGCCCUCGGCCCCAGCUACCAGAGUCCGCCCCCACCGCACACCCUCUACCCACACAAUCAACAAGUCCCCAGCUCCCUGCAGGAGCACCAGCAGCAGCACAAACUGUGGUUACAGGCGCAGGCGCAGAUGCACGCCGCAGCUGCCGCUGCCCACCAGCAGCCACCCUACCCGCCCACCCUUCCACCCUACCCACCAGCACCGCUCCAUCCGCACGUCAACCCUGCCCACCACACCGUCCUCAUGAACCAGUGGAUCCGUAGUGCUGCCCUCUACCAGCAGCAUCACUUUCACCACCGAGCCCCCUACACCGUAGCCGAUAUGCAACGCUUGCACGCCACAGGUCGACCCGGAGGCAUGGGACCCAUGAAGAUAGCCGGAACCGCUGGAGCUCGACCCAAAAAACAAUUCAUCUGCAAAUACUGCAACCGGCAUUUCACGAAGUCCUACAAUCUCCUAAUCCACGAACGGACCCACACAGACGAACGACCCUACUCCUGUGACAUCUGCGGCAAGGCUUUCCGGAGACAAGACCACCUCCGGGACCAUCGCUACAUCCACUCGAAAGAAAAACCCUUCAAGUGCGGCGACUGCGGAAAGGGCUUCUGUCAAUCCCGGACCCUAGCCGUCCACAAAAUCACCCAUCUCGAGGAGUCUCCGCACAAGUGUCCCAUCUGCAAUCGCAGCUUCAACCAGCGAGCAAAUCUCAAGACCCACAUGCAGAGUCACACAAUGACCAACCGCCCAACCCAUGCUCCAGCCACGCCAAUCCUGGACCUAUCCCAGAAGACCGAUGUGCGAUCAGACCCAAAAUCCCAGGCACCAAAGAAAGCACUAGGUUUCAGCAUUGAGGACAUCAUGAAGAGAUAGGCUCCCGGGGGAUUGCCCGGCAGCUGGACAGAGACCAAAGAAUCCCCUUCCACUAACGAGUUGUCUUAAUAGCUCAAUUGCCAAAUGAUUCCCUAGACUGAAGCACCCCGAAGACAAAGACACAAUGGCAAAGAUUAUGCUUGAUGAUCUCACUACUCAUUAGGUUAAUUUAAUGAAUGUAACUUUAGUGUAAAUAUUAUUUUAUGUACAGUGUUAGGGCCUGGAUAUUGUUGAUGCUGCGCAUGUAGAAGAAUUAAUAAAACCUUCAGUUAUCACUUAUUGCUGUCGUCAAUG